GAGAAAAGGGCGAAAUUUCUCCUUCCGCCUAUAUCUAUGCCACGCAAUCGACCGAGCGAGCGACGGGGCUCUUGUUUAGUCAAGAACAAUGCAGAGAUCUGGUUAUGGCCGUGAUGGAAUUUACAGGUCUCUCAGGCCCCCUCUCGUGAUUCCCAGGGACGAGAACCUCUCUCUCGUUUCAUUUCUCUUCAGAAAUGUCGCCUCUUUCCCCACCAAACCAGCCUUGAUUGACGCCGAUUCCUCUCAAACUCUGUCUUUCGGUCAGUUGAAGUCCUUGGUGGUGAAAGUCUCCCACGCCUUUCUCCACCUUGGCAUCAAGAAAAACGACGUCGUCCUCUUGUUUGCGCCCAACACCAUCCUCUACCCCGUCUGCUUCCUCGGCAUCGCGGCCAUUGGCGCCAUAGCCUCCACCGCCAACCCUACCUACACGGUCGCGGAGGUUUCCAAGCAGGUGAAAGAUUCCAAUCCCAAGCUCCUGAUCACCGUCCCUGAAUUGUGGGACAAAGUGAAGGGUUUCAAUCUCCCCUCGGUGAUUUUGGGUUCACAGACCCCUUCCCUCGUCGCGUCGAAUUCCAAGAUUACGACCUUCGAUGGAUUGCUCGAGUUUGCCGGUUCUCCCACGGAAUUUCCGGCCAGUAAUGUCAAACAGAGCGAUACGGCGGUGCUUCUCUAUUCUUCGGGUACUACGGGUGUCAGUAAGGGGGUGAUUCUCACGCAUAAGAAUUUCAUAGCCGCUUCUCUUAUGGUGGGCAUGGAUGACGAGUUGGCUAACGAGAGACACGAUGUCUUUCUUUGCGUUCUCCCGAUGUUUCAUAUUUUUGGGCUCUCAAUCAUUACGUACUCGCAGCUUCGGAGAGGCAACGCGGUCGUGUCUAUGAAGAAAUUUGACUUCGAAAUGAUGUUGAGGGCGGUUGAAAAGUAUAGCGUGACUCGUUUAUGGGUUGUGCCUCCAAUCAUCCUUGCUCUGGCAAAGCAGAGCGUGGUGAAGAAGUAUAAUCUUUCGUCAUUGAAGCAAAUUGGUUCCGGAGCUGCUCCUCUGGGAAAAGAAUUGAUGGAAGAGUGUGCUAAAAAAUUCCCUCAGACUUUGGUCAUGCAGGGCUAUGGUAUGACAGAAACUUGCGGCAUUGUUUCCGUGGAGAAUUCAACAAUGGGUAUUCGUCAUAGUGGUUCAGCAGGAAUGCUUGUUUCAGGAGUUGAGGCUCAAAUAAUCAGUGUGGAUACGUUGAAGCCCCUCCCUCCUCGUCAGUUGGGUGAGAUAUGGGUACGGGGUCCUAAUAUGAUGCAAGGUUAUCACAACAAUCCACAGGCCACCAGAUUAACUAUAGAUAAAAUGAGAUGGGUGCAUACGGGAGAUCUUGGAUAUUUUGAUGAGGAAGGGCAACUUUAUGUUGUUGACCGUAUCAAAGAACUCAUCAAGUAUAAAGGUUUUCAGGUUGCACCAGCAGAACUUGAAGGACUUCUUGUUUCUCACCCUGAGAUAAUGGAUGCUGUUGUCAUCCCGUAUCCUGAUGCUGAGGCCGGUGAGGUCCCUGUUGCCUAUGUUGUUCGUUCGCCCAAUAGUUCACUGACUGAAGAAGACGUUCAGGAGUUUAUUGCUGAUCAGGUUGCGCCUUACAAAAGACUGCGAAGGGUGACGUUCAUCAACGCCGUUCCGAAGACAGCUUCUGGAAAAAUUCUCAGAAGAGAGCUUAUUCAGAAAGCACGAUCCAAAAUAUGAGAAUAAAUGGACGAUGGACCAAAGAAGGCCCCUCCUCCUCAACAUAGUGUGGUUAAUGACUAUGCCAUUAAAAGUCAAAUUCAAAAUAUGUUUAAAGGUUAGCUAAAUAGUAGCGUUGUGUAUUACUACUUGGUACUAAUAAGUAUGAUGUUAUAGUAAACUAUCACGUUCUCCUUUCAUUUGUGGGAUGGAAAAAGGAUGCAAAUACGUUGGUGGGCAGCAAA